UAUAAAAAGGUAUUAAUCCCCGUGAGAUUUCACAGUGAUGACAAUCCAUACAAUGUUUGCACAACUGGUUGUUUCUCUAUGGUUUGUGGUGGCAACCCUGGCUGCCCCUACAGAAGAGGCCAAAGGCCAAAUUUGGGCAGUUCUGGUUGCUGGUUCCAAUACUUUUGAUAACUACCGACAUCAGGCGGACGUUUGCCAUGCGUAUCAGAUUUUCCACCGCCACGGAAUUCCUGACUCGAACAUCAUUGUUAUGAUGUAUGACGACAUUGCCCACAAUGCCGAGAACCCCAAAAAGGGCGUAAUCAUCAACAAACCUAACGGUCCUAAUGUUUACGGACCUAAAAAAGUUCCGAAGGACUACACUGGUGAUGAUGUAACUCCGCAAAACUUUGUCAAUGUGUUGACUGGUAACAAGUCGGCAAUGAUCGGGAAAGGGUCAGGAAAGGUCUUAAAAAGCGGGCCUAAUGACCACGUCUUCAUCAACUUCGUCGACCAUGGUGCCACUGGGAUCAUAGGGUUUCCCAAUGACGUAAUGUACGCCAAUGAGCUUAUCAAGGCACUCAAGACCAUGCACAAGAAGAAAAUGUACAAGAAGCUAGUGUUCUACAUGGAAGCGUGCGAGUCGGGCUCCAUGUUCGACAAGAUACUCCCACCCAACAUCAACAUUUUUGCCACAACAGCGGCCAACCCGGAGGAGAGCUCGUACGCAUGUUACUACGACGCCACUAUAGGGGCUUACCUCGGCGACGAGUACAGCAUCUCCUGGAUGGAGGAUAUCGACUCUGAGGAACAUCAGAAGAACAUGACCUCUGAAACCCUUCUGAAACAGUACAAAAAUGUGGUGAAACGAGUGCAAGAAAGUCACCCCAGCAUGUACGGCCAAAAGGCCUUGGAAAAGAACAAGGUCAUUGAUUACAUGGGUAUGAGCAACAAGUCCUUCGUCGACACAAACAUCAUGUCGGGACCAUUUAAGGACGCUGUUUCUAGCCGAGAUGUUGCCCUUCGUACAUUGGAGAGGAAAAUUGAGUUGACCAAUGACGUGGAAAAAAUAAAAACACUCAGCCUUAAAAGGGAUAAUUUGAUAAAGGGAAGAAAAUCUGUGGAUAAUUUGUUCUCUCAAAUGAUGGAAAAACUGAAUAGAGCUGAAGCAAUUGAAGAAAUUCGCCACCCUCUGAAUUUAGAGAUGAUGCCUUGCUACAAAACUGUAGUGGACCACUUCAGGAGCAACUGUAUCGACAUUACCAAGAACACUUACGCAUUGGCCCAUCUAUACAAGUUCGCCAACCUUUGCGUUGAAAAGACCUCCCCUGAUGAUGUCAUCAAAGUGAUAUCCGAAGUAUGCACUGAGCAGCACAAAUCAAUGGUGGGCAUCAACUAAUCGAAAUAAAAAUCUUUUAGUUUAAUUAGAGAAUGAUAUAGUUUGUAUAAAUAAAACCGUUUGUCGUUUA